GGCGGGGGAACUGGAGGAAGUCUGUUUCGUUCAGACCAGAGCCGUUGAAAAACAUAUUUAACGGCUCUGGUUCAGACAAACCUGUUUUUCCGAUUCCUCCGACAGUUUGACCUUUAUUAAUGAAAGGAUUCAGUAUAUUGUCGGUCAUUGUUAGUGUCUUUCGCGCGGUGCACAUGGAGCAAAUCUUCGUGUACGGGACACUAAAGAAAGGCCAGCCCAACUACUUCAGGAUGAUGGACCCUGACAAUGGUCGGGCCGAGUUUGUAGCUCACGCUCGCACAGUGGAGCAAUACCCGCUCGUGAUCGCCACCAAAAACAACAUCCCCUUCCUGCUCAACGUCCCUGGGGAGGGUCAGCGCAUCCAGGGCGAGAUCUACAGCGUGGACCAGAAGAUGCUGAAGUUCCUGGACGAGUUUGAAAGUUGCCCAGACUUGUACCAGCGCACAACUGUCCAGCUGGAGGUGCAGGACGGGCUCGGUGAAGGGGAAAACACGCUGGAGUCUGGAAGUUUCGUCAAUGCCUCUGUGUACAGCACGACUACAUAUGAACCCGAGUGGCUCCAAAAACCAACAUAUGAGAGUUAUGAUGCUCACGGUGAUCACGGACUGCGAUAUGUGCGUCGUGAAGACAGAAGCCCAGAGUAACUACUGUAGUAACAUUUACUAGGAUUUCACCACACCUGCUAGUGUCGCGUAAAUUUAAUUUACCAUUCAGACAUUUUGCAACAAAACUGUGUAGUUCAUUGUUUUUUUUUUUUUGUUUUUUUUUUUAAACUAUAUUGUUCUGUUCUUAUGCCAGAGAUUAUUUAGCUGUUUUAUUGCCUUGUAUAUGUCCAUGUGGGGAAACCCUAAAUGGGCAAUUUUAUUAUUUUUAUUUAAUUUUUCUUUGAAGUGCUGUGUUUCCUACAGCUUUAUUUCUGCUGUUUGCAACAGAAAAGAGCACAAAAAUUUCCCUAACGUUUUAACACAAAAAGUGUCUUUUUGGUCAUCAUGUAUUACAUUUCUCAGGGAAUCUACUAGGAAUGUAACUGUUCUCGGUAAAAAAUCGAACCGUACCGUUCUCCACCCACGGUUCGGCACGCACUUGCACCGCGGUUCAUCUCAAAUCUGACGACCGGUGUUGUCAAGUCCAUGUUUUUCCGCUAUAUUUACACUUGCCGCGGGUUAUUUUUCAUGUCCGCGGCUUGAAGCGACCCCAAAUAACAUGAUAUUUAGCUCCUGGAUUGCGACUUUUACCUGGGGAGCCCCACCAAAAAGAUUUUACCCCCCGGAACACAAUUUUUACUAUGGGAGUAUCAUUUUCACGUCCUGCGCCACGUUGUUUAAAUAGCAAAUGCAUUUGCACCCAUUUGUGUGCCCAUGGGCGUGCUGGUCUGAAAACGAGGUGUGUUCAGGCGCAUUGUUGGCUCGGUGCUAUUUUGAAGCAACUGAAAUAGACUGCACCAUUGACCAACUGAAACCUGGUCUAAAGUCAAUGGCGUAAUAUUUGUUUUGUUAUUUAAAGAUCGCGUUAGUAAUACGCGCCUGUAUGCGGGUGCACGACGCACAUACACUCUGCUUAAUUCACACAGAGUUGCGCAGCAGCACACAAACAUGCCAAAUAUUAAAAAUAAAAGGAUUACGAUGUAAAAGAUUAUUAUUGUGUACAUAAAAAUAAAAAUGUUUUGGUGGAAUCCGUCUUGUCCCGUAGAUGGUCUGCUCUCGCACUUUAACCUUGCGCAUGAGCAGUUGCGUUUCCUCGCUAGAGAAGCAUUCAGUUUUUUCACUUGCAAAUUCCGCCAUGUAAAUAGCGAAUCCGUCAUGGCGCGAGCGCAACUGGCUUUUAAAGGGAAUGGGAGAUGAGACUCUAAUUGGUUUAUUACACGUUACGCCCAAAACACACCCAUUACUCAUUAAGAGAAUAGGGACAACCCUUUUAGACCAUGCGCCGGGUGCGAGGCCAUUUUUCUCGUCCUUAAACUAGCGAAAGUGGAUUCGGAUACGCCCGAAGUGCACUUGCGCCGUGCGCUUUAGACCAUGCGCUUAGAUCAUUAAAAUAGGGCCCUACAUGUACUGGAUCGUGCAUUAUGUCUUAAAGGGAAAGAAGCCCAUUCCUGCUGUCUGUGUAAUUUGUUGUUUGAUUAACAUUAAAAACUAAGAAAUCA